AAGUUUCCCACACCCAAUCAUCUCUCUCUCUCUCUCUCUCUCUCACUUCUUCCUUUUCCCGUUCUUCCUUUCGCUGUGUCGUCAACGUUUUGCUUUUCACUAGCCCAAUCUCUCAAAACCCUUCAAUCCCCAAAACCUCCUCAAUCUGCGCCACAAAUAUCAGCACCAGGUGAAAUCGUUCUUCCGCCAUUAACAUCAUUUCAGUUUCAGUCUCCCAUUCGAGUUUAUUAACCAUAAGUAUCUCCAAUUCUAGGGUUUUUGUUUUUGUCUCUUUCGCUCUCCGAGCUCUAGGGUUUGUAGAUUGGAGAGGGGGAGUGAGUUGGAGCAGCGCCGGAGCGUUUCGAGUCCAUGGAGGCUGCGGCCGGUGUCGCCGCCGGACGCGGCGUUUCUCUGCCGAUGCCGACUUCCCGCAAAGAGUGGCGCGUCGUUUCUGAGCAUCAAUCGGUUCAAAAUGCCGGGGACGAGGAUUUGGAGUGUUCGAAGUUUGGGCAAUCAGAUGAGAGAACGAUAUACGAGGUGCAGCAGGGACGCGAGCCGCUUGAUGUUGACUUCUGUUCCAUCACGAUGGACGGGAGCUUAGACAUUAACAUUCUUCAGCAGAGACUUCAUGGUGUUGUGAGGCAAAGAGAGGAGUUGCAGCAGGUGGAGAUUGAGCUUAGGGCUCGGGUCAUUGCCAGAUCAGAGAUUCUGGAAAUGCAGAACAGCUAUGACGCACAAAUCAAAGAGCACACUAAUGCAAACGUAAAGCUUCAGGACCGAUUGCGCGAGUGUGAACAGACCAUACAUGAGUUGGAGAGAAAAAUGGAGGAGAAAGAGAGGGAGCUGCAUGAUAUCAAACUAGCCAAUGAAGCGGCUUGGGCAAAAGAGGACCUUCUUAGAGAACAAAACAAGGAACUGGCAACCUUCCGAAGAGAGCGUGAUAAUUCUGAAGCUGAAAGGGCUCAACAUCUUAAGCAAAUACAUGACCUUCAAGAGCACUUUCAAGAAAAAGACAGGCAAUUUAUUGAGUUGCAGGAACAGAAUAGGGUUGCUCAGGAAACCCUUCUGUUUAAGGAUGAACAGUUAAGGGAGGCCCAAGCAUGGAUUUCGCGUGUUCAGGAGGUGGAUGCCUUGCAAUCAACUACAAAUCAUUCAUUGCAAGCUGAAUUGCGGGAACGUACAGAACAAUAUCAUCAGCUCUGGCUUGGUUGUCAAAGACAGUUUGCAGAAAUGGAGAGACUUCAUUUGCAUACACUUCAACAACUUCAACUUGAGUUGGCUGAGGCAAGGGAGAGGAGUGGAACUUACAAUGAUGAGUCACAUGUAAGCCAAUCAAGUUCAAAAGACGUGUCUCAAUUUGGACAGAACAAUGGAAGCCAACUGGAGAUGAAUGUGGGCAGCACGUCAAGUGGAAAUUCUGGGGUCUUGCCCAAUGGGACUGCAGGCAAUAUUUCAUCAUUUGUUUCAGCCAGCAAUGCAUCAACCCAGACCGAUCAUGUUCCUGGACUUCCAGUUGCUCCAUCAUCAAUACUUGGGAUGCCUACCUACCUGCCUCCUGGGCAGGUGACUGCACUACAUCCGUUUGUUAUGCAUCAACAGGGGGUGUCCCACUCUGUGCCACCCCAUGUUUCUCAGUCUCAUGCCAGCCACUUCCACUCAGUUCCAGCUAUUUCAUCCCUCCAACAUUGGCAGAAUCAGCAGGGUGUACCAGAAGCUUCACAAAUGUCAACUCACGACCAAUAUCCACCAUCACAAAGUGAACAAAAACUAUUGAAGUCAGAUUCUAAUUAUGAAUAUGAAAUGCCUGUAAAUGGGCAAUCUCUUCGUCCAGACUAUUUGGAGGUUCAUAUCAGCCAAGGAGUGGGGCCUGAUUCUGUUGUCACAUCAUCAACUGAGGAAGCACAGGUUCAUGAGUCUAUUGAUAAAAGCUUCUUGGUUGCCCCACAACCUCAGCAGAGCUUGCAGCAAAUUUCUUCCCAAUUCCAUGAAGCUUUACGAUUGGACUCUCUUGAACAAAAUAGUGAGACCAAGGAGAAGAAUGCCAUCAAAAUGACGAAUCAUGGACUAGAGCCUACAGAGCAACUGAGUUCUGCUUCCAGCACAUCACUGUCUGAUGCUCUUAACCAUCCAGCUAAUUUUGGUGAAACCACAAUAAGCAGUGCUGCUGCUGCAGUUUUUCCUGAAGCAUUUGUCUCAAUUGGACAGACAAAUACAGUAACAGUUGGGAAGGGUCCAGAGGCAGCUCUUCUUGAUGAACAAGCACUUUUGGCUUGCAUAGUUCGUACAAUUCCUCCUGGAUCGGGUGGGAGAAUUCGGAUUAGCUCAACGCUGCCAAAUAGGCUUGGCAAAAUGCUUGCACCUUUGCAUUGGCAUGAUUACAAGAGGAAAUAUGGAAAGCUUGAUGACUUUGUGACUGGUCACCCUGAAUUAUUUGUAAUUGAAGGGGAUUACAUUCAGCUUCGAGAAGGUGCACAAGAAACCAUAGCAGCUACAGCUGCUGUUGCAAAAGUUGCUGCAGCUGCUGCAGUUUCAUCUCCUUACUCGUCAUUGUUGCCAUCUGUUGCUGUUACUCCCAUGGCACAGUCUCACCGACUGAAGAAGGUUCCAUCCAUUGAUUCCAAAUAUGCAAAGGCUGAGAAAACUGCUCCUAAGGAGUAUGCAGCUGCCACUCCUGCAAAUGCAACUGACAGCGUUUUAAGGCUGUCCAUGCAGAAUCAGCAUUCUAAUGGUGUUUGUGUUAAAGUUGCUGGUAAUUUCUCAAAUAUAAAAAUCUUGAGCAAACCUAAAGAUGCUUUGGAAUUGAAUGGUUCUGAAGUAAAGCCUGGCCAGUCAUCUGCACUCAUGACUGUUGGAAAUGGAGCAAAUGCUGAUAAGUUGGUUUCUGGGAGUCCUCAAAACAGAGGGUUAAGUAAUGGCAGGCAUGCUUCAAAUUUUUCCAGCAAACAACCGGGCAGGACAACUGGACCUGCAGGAGCUUCUAGAAGAUAGAAAGAGUCUGGAUUCUGUUGGAUAAUUUUGCUAUGACGAGUCUGCACCAAUGUGCAGCAUGUAAGCGUAUAAAUAUGAGGAUAGAUAUCAUGAAGCGGUCUGAAGAGGAAGGUGGCGUGGUUAAAAUGUCCAGCAAUAUUUUGUAUCGUUAUAGAAUUCUCUGAUUGAAAUGUCCAGCAAUAUUUUGCAUUGAUAUAGAAUUCUCUGAUUGGAAUCACCAGCUGAUUUAUUUUUCGUUUUAUUGUUUUACUGCAAAAAAAAUUGUUAAUUUUCCAGUGUUAUUAUACUCCAGACAGACUGUAAUUCAAUUUGCUGCAGUGAUUUUUGCAUCUGUGCAUUGAAUAGCUUCCUUAUAACAUCCCAACAGUUGUUUUGAA